AUGAUGGAAGAGAAAACGGAAACUGUUGAGAAAAAGGAAACUGUAGAGAAAACGGAAAGUGUGGAGAAAAUUACUAGAUUGUACCCUUUCGAAGCACUGGAAGCUGACUAUUACAUGGGUGAUGAGGCAACAGGAGGAGUGGGCAGAGAUAGCGAAGAAGAACUCAGUUCGGAUGAUGAAUUGCAACAAGAACUGCGCAAAUUGGCUGGAAUCAAACGUGACUGCGUUCAAAAACGUCGCAAAGAAAAACCGGUUCCCUCGGAAUUUGAAAUGGACAUGGAAUAUGAGUUAGAUCAACUGAUCACCGACUAUGCUAAUGAACAUCUUAGUGGAAAUAGAAAAAGGGAAGAGGACGUGAAAAAGGUGUCUGCUAAAGAGUUCGUGGAACAAUGCCAAGAAGAUGAGAUGCCGGAGCUUAUUGGCAGUGAUGAUGAUGAGGAGGAGGAAGAAAAACAAAACGACCAACCUGAUAGCACCGAAUCGGUUCCGUCGAAAAAGCAGAGACUGGAUGAGGUCACCACUGUCAUAGAUACGCCUAAAUCCGAAAAUAUGGAUAUCGAAGAAGGGAUGACCGAAGCUGGACCAAGCAGUUCAACGGUGAGAACAGAACCAAUGCCUGCGCCUGUAGUUACGAAUGAGGAACAACCUAUGGAAAAGGAACGAGAGAAAAAGCAUGUCACAUUUGAUGAGUCUGCGAAGAAAGAUGAAGAGGAGGAAAAGAAUCCAAUUAAGAAAGCUGCGAUGGAAACAAUGAAAGAUGUGGAAAAAGAACUUGUUGAGUUCUACGAUCCUGAAGAGGAUGAUAACAAUGAAAAAUGGAUGCAACAACAACGCAAAAGAACCACGGGCAUGAGUGACGUUUCAAAGAAAGGAAAAGAAGCCAGACCAAGCAUAGAUGGAAAUUCGGAUGCGGUUUUGUCAUGUCCAGGAUGUAUGGUGUUGUUGACUAGAGACUGUCAACGACAUGAAAUUUAUAGUGGACAGUACAGGGCAAUGUUCGUAGAAAAUUGUCGUGUAGAGCAAGAAAGCUUCAAAAUCGAGAAAACAGGUAAAGAACGACGUCGAGAACGCCAGAAAAUGAAAAAGAUGGGUAUGGACCCUAACGAACAGCCGAGUGCAGAAGAAGAUAUGUUCCUACCGGUUCAUUGUGCUGUUUGUUCGACAAAUGUAGCGGUGAUGGAUCAUGAAGAAGUUUAUCAUUUCUUUAAUGUGUUAUCUGGUUAUGCUUAG